AGGCUGAAUCGGCGUGGGGCGGUGGUGGUUGGCUGCUUGAGGACGGGUCCCUGGUCGUGCCUGUCAGAGAGGCUGGCGGCAGUGGCGGCUCUCCGGGCUGGGUUGUCAGUCAGUGAGAGGAGGUGGAAGAUGGCUCGCCGGGACCCGUUCUGCUAGGAAGAAGGGGAGCAGGUGGUGCUGCUACUCGGGAGGAAGCAGAGCAGCUGCCGUCGCUGUGGCUGCGAGCCUCACGAAUCGAGGUCCUGCAGGUGGAGCUCCGGCAGCCGCUCUGGUUGAAGGUUUAGAACAGAUGUGGAAAAAUGUUUACUUCAGAGAAAGGGGUUGUGGAGGAAUGGUUGUCAGAGUUUAAGACAUUACCAGAAACAUCUUUACCAAAUUAUGCCACAAAUUUGAAAGACAAGAGUUCUUUAGUUUCAUCUCUCUAUAAAGUUAUCCAGGAGCCACAAAGUGAGUUGCUGGAACCUGUCUGUCACCAGCUCUUUGAAUUCUAUCGCAGUGGAGAGGAGCAGUUGCUUCAAUUUACGCUGCAAUUUCUCCCAGAACUAAUUUGGUGCUACCUUGCAGUCUCAGCCAGCAGAAAUGUGCAUAGCAGUGGAUGCAUUGAAGCUCUUCUUCUAGGGGUUUACAAUUUGGAAAUAGUUGACAAACAGGGACAUAGCAAAGUAUUGAGUUUUACAAUUCCAUCUUUAUCCAAACCAUCUGUAUAUCAUGAACCUUCCAGCAUUGGGUCCAUGGCUCUGACCGAGAGUGCACUAUCCCAGCAUGGUUUGUCAAAAGUGGUAUACAGUGGACCUCAUCCUCAAAGGGAGAUGCUGACAGCACAGAAUAGGUUUGAAGUGUUGACAUUCCUUUUGUUGUGUUACAAUGCUGCCUUAACCUAUAUGCCCAGUGUUUCUCUUCAGUCACUGUGUCAAAUUUGUUCAAGAAUCUGUGUUUGUGGAUAUCCUCGACAACAUGUAAGAAAAUACAAAGGUAUAAGUAGCAGGAUACCAGUUUCUUCAGGAUUCAUGGUGCAAAUGUUAACAGGGAUUUAUUUUGCCUUUUAUAAUGGAGAAUGGGAUCUCGCUCAAAAAGCACUGGAUGAUAUUAUAUACAGAGCCCAGCUAGAAUUAUAUCCAGAGCCAUUGCUGGUUGCUAAUGCAAUAAAGGCUUCAUUGCCUCAUGGUCCCAUGAAAUCUAAUAAGGAAGGUACAAGGUGUAUUCAAGUUGAAAUCACACCAACUUCCUCUAGAAUAUCAAGAAAUGCAGUAACCAGCAUGUCAAUAAGGGGUCAUAGGUGGAAAAGACAUGAGCAACCUGACAACAAUAAUGAUACUACUGAAUUGGGCAUCCUUGUCAUUCCUGAGAUUAGUGUCACAAAUGUGGCCGGAGAGAGAACCGGGAAUGGGGAAAAAGGCAGAACACUAGGAGAAAUUGAUGCUCAGCAUAUACAGGGUGUGCAGGAAACAGCCACAGAUCCUAGAACUGAGAGCAAAGGCUUGCCAGAGAUCAGGAGGCAAAAAUCUGUAAGAAAAAUGAUGGAGGAUGGAAUAAACUCACCUGGCAGAGUGCAGUUUUAGCAGAGCACUUUAUAGCUGCACUCCAAGGAAAUACAGAAUUAACAGGUCAAGAAGAACUGAUGGAGAUAUCUGAAGUUGACGAGGGAUUUUAUUCCAGGGCUGCGUCUAGUACCAGCCAGUCGGGUUUAUCAAACAGUAGUCACAAUUGUAGUAACAAGACAAGUAUAGGAAAGAACCAGAGACGGUCAGGAGGAAGCAAAACUGGAGGAAAAGAAAAAGAAACUACAGGGGAAUCUUGCAAAGAUCACUUUGCUCGAAAACAAACUCAGAGAGCCCAAAGUGAGAAUCUUGAGCUUCUCUCUUUGAAAAGACUUACUUUAACAACCAGCCAAUCCCUACCUAAGCCUAGUAGCCAUGGUUUGGCUAAGACUGCAGCGACUGUAUUUAGUAAAUCCUUUGAACAAGUCAGUGGUGUCACAGUCCCACAUAACCCGUCAUCUGUCGUUGGUUGUGGGGCUGGGACAGAUGCCAAUAGGUUUUCAGCUUGUAGUCUCCAAGAAGAAAAGCUUAUUUAUGUUUCAGAAAGAACUGAACUUCCAAUGAAGCAUCAAUCAGGUCAGCAGAGACCUCCUAGUAUUAGCAUUACUCUGUCCACAGAUUAAUUAGUAACGUAUUUUUCUCCCAUAACCCAGUGAACCCAGAAAUACAACUUUGCUUCUUUGUGAAAGUACCCUGGGUCUUUCAUCCGUGUUCCUGACAGGAGCCCUGAUGUCUUAAAUUCUGAAGGCUCCCCUGACUUUAUGAAGGGAAGAUUGUCUAGGUUGCAGUAAGUUGAAAUAUGGUUUUUUUUAUUUCUUGAUUAAGAUUUUUUCCCCUUGGUUUGAGUCUUUUUUUUUCCCCCUUCUUAUUUGUUAUUGUUGCCCUAAGAUUAUCAGUGACAAUAAAUUUUGACAGAUUGUCUGAUCAAGUUGGUUAUGUCUCAUGUGAGGUUAUAAGGUAGUUUUUCUUGUUUUGGUUUGGGUUUUUAAUAGCUCCUAUUUUGGUGGCUGUGUGUUUGACCUUCAGAGUCAAAGGGAGUCUCCAUGUAUGGGAACUGUUUUAUAGAGGAUGGGGCAGAGGCACAACUCCAGGAAUUCUUCAGCUCCUGGUCAGGAAGCCAAUCUGAAAAACAGGCAUGUGGAAACACAAAAAUGAUGUGUAUGAAAAGCACCUGAUGAAAAUAUUUGUAAGCAGAUCAUCUUUAUGAUUAGAACAAUUUGCUCAAAGCACUGGAAAAUGCCUGGUAACCCAGUACCUAGAAUAUUAUAUGAUUCCAGGGGAUGGGUAGAGGCAUUUCUGUUGUUAUCUCUGAAACAUUUUUAUAUCAAAAAUCAGAUUGCUGGUAGGUGUGUUGUUUUGAAGUGUUUGGACUUAGCAGGUGAAGAUCCCUUUCAAUUAUUAAGGUAUAAUAGGCCAUAAAGCUGAUUUACCCUACUGCUGGACUUUAGAAAUCCUAGUUAGUUUGGACUCCUGUAAUUCAGAGCAUACGUCAUUGGAAGACUUCCUGGAAAUCAGUGUAAAUCUUGCAACACAGCUCUCAAGAUACCACUGUGUAAUAUGGAAUUGUUUGUAUGCAAAUGCAUUUUUCAUCUAUAAAAUGUCAUGAAAGAAAAUAAAGAUAGUAAAAUAUGGACAAAGGACAUUUAUAUAUUAACUAAUUUAGAGUUGUUUAUGUUUGUGUUCUUAAAUUUAAAAUAUGAAAAAAAAGAAAUGUCUUUCUUGUUUGUGAACAGACCUAUUUAAAAUAUCUUAGUAUGAUAUCAAAAGAAUAAUCAAUUUAGUUACCUCCCAACUAAAAAUUAAAAAUAAAAAAGAUGAUAUGGCAGAAGUUGAAUCAAACUUGUAUGUAUCUGUAUGUGACCUCUAGAUGGAAAUAAAAGUUUGGUGUUUGCUAGCAGUGGUCCUUUUGGCUAUCGUUGGGGUUCCCUUGUAAAGUAAGUGUACUUAAGUCAUCAUUCAGAGAGAGAGCAGGGCUGAGGCUGAGUCAGUUGACUGUUGAGGAAGUCCUAAGGAGCUGUCCGGUUGGCUCUUUCACUGUGAGUACACAGCGGUUUCCUUCUUCAUAGUCCCUCUCUGUGGUCACCAAGAGAGCAUGCUAGUGUUUUCCUCUUGUACCUGCUUAUGCAGAGCUCAGAUAUGUGAAAAAUUUGUACGCUUUGAAGGCCGCCAAAGCAUUUAUACUCUGAACAUAGUUUUGACCGCAAUUGCUUUGGCUACCAGUUUAAACUGAAUUCUUCAAAAAGCAUGAACUGGUUUUCAUUCAUUAGCCCUGAUUACAAUGUGGUUUUUGACAUAAAUGAAUUUGAUUUUUUUUUUUUUAAGCUCCAGUAACAGAAUGGAAUAAGAUCUGUUGCCAUAAAUUGUAGUUAAGAACUGUAAGGCAAUCAGGCAGUGAAACUUGAUAUUGUAUUAACUUAAUGGGAACCCUGUAUACAGUUUAAAAUAUUUGUAAAAUGUCACUGUGAAUUUA